CUGCCUUGCUGCUUUUCUGGUUUGGCUUUUCUUUCCCUCUUUACAUCAGAAAGCCCUCCAUACUCCAAAGUCCAAAACCCUUUCUAUCUGGCUCUCUUUCUGCUCUUCCGAGCUACUCUCCUCGCCCUGGAAGAAGAUGAGCCGAUAUAGAAGAAUCGAGAUUUUUGAAACUUCGCCGUCUCUCUUCAUCCGAGAGACCUCCUUCUUCAGCCCCCCAACCCUAACAUUCCCCUUAUUUCCUCAAGUCGACGACCUCGGCCUCGCUCUCGACAUCUCCCCGAAAUGCUUCCUUUCUCCAGUACCAUCUCCCUGUGAGCUCUUCGACUUUGUCACCGAUGUCAUCCAGAUCGACAGAACCCCCUUCUCCUCUUCUUACAAGAGGCUCCAGUCUCAAACCGGCCCCGAUUCCAAUUUGCGAACCCUCUGCGACCGUGUUUCCGCCCUUGAGCUUGGGAUCGAUCACCUCCUGAAGAAAAAACCCAGCAAUCCCGACCGCAAGUAUACAUGGACGACCGAGAUCAAAGAUGCUAAGAAGGACGGCGUUGAUCGCAAGUACGAAUGGACGGCGGAAAUCAAAGGAGGAAAAAAGGGCAGUAAUCUGAGUGCGGUGGAUAAGUACUACAAGUGGACGGCAGAGUUCAAAGGGAAAGGCAAGGACGCUCCACCGUCUCGCUCCUUUACAUUUAAAGCCUCCACGGCUCCCGCCGGUGACUCAAGUGACUCGGAUUCCGACAAGGAGAAUAAGACAAAGAAGGAGAAGAAGAAGAAGAAGAAGAAAUCCAAAGCUGAGCCCUCCAAACGUGUGGUGGAGAUCGAAGAACCGGUUGAUCAAGGGGUUAUCGUUCUCAGACAGGCUUUCGCCAAGAGGGUUGGGGCCGAUGACAAGGGCAAGAAGAAAGAGCUGUCGCCUCAAGAUGCGGCUCUGAUGAUCCAGUUAACCUUCAGAGCUUAUCUGAUCCGUCGAUCACAAGCUCUUCGUGCGCUUCGGGACCUGGCUGUUGCCAAAAGCAAGUUGAAGGAGCUUAGGGCGUUGUUCAACAACUUCUCUUACCGCCGCCGCAUUGCCCGGGAUGCGGAGGAGCUCCAGAGGUUCUCUGAGAAGAUCAUCGUUCUCCUUCUUACCGUUGAUGCCAUUGAGGGAGCUGAUAUAAUGGUUCGAGCAUCAAGGAAGUCGAUGGUGGAUGAACUGGAAGCAAUGCUAGAUGUGGUGGAUCCCCAGCCUCCGGGAAAGCUAGUUUCCAUGAAGAGGAGGAAAUUCGAUCUGCCGGAUGGUACCAUCCGGAAGGAAAUUGAAGCUGGAGUGGCUGAGGUCGUCCAAAUGCUGAAUGGAGAAGAUAGUGACCACAGUGCUGCCUUUGAGGCCUGCUUGUGAGAGUUCCUGCACUAGUCAUUUGGUGUUUUCAUUAAUCUUGAAAAACCACUAUGGGCUCUUUAAGUCGCUUUAUGUUUAGCCAUGGAGAUUAAAAAACUUCAAACCCCACCCCCCCCCCCCCAACUGGUUCUCUCUGUGGUAGAUUGUUUUUCACUGUUUGAAUCUAUGAAUUUUCUGAAAGGCUUUUCUACUAUUUGUUUUUGGGAA